AUGCAGCCGUCUGUAUGUUUGAUGGUCGUAAUUGCGUUCAUUUGCGUAGUGGAUGGAGGACUUCUGAUUCGAAUGUGUGGCAAACGCCUGUCUAUGAUCAUGGAGAAGAUGUGCACCCGUGCGGGAGAGGUUUCAGCAUGUUAUGCUGGCUUAUCUGACUACGAUGACCACACAAUGGACGGACAAGUGGCAGGAAUUGCCGAAAAGUGUUGUACCGACCGCUGCGCCUACGACCAACUGCAUAAAUACUGCUGCAGUAAAGAAGAAGCAGACAGUUAUUACGAGAUAGUUCGGGGUAGAACUGAUGGAGUGCAACAUGAGGACAACCAGCAAUAG